UGAUAUACCACGCGCACCCUACAGGUACCUAACCUUAGGUACAAAGGUAAGGAGCCCGGUGGAGAUUUGCUAGGUACCUACAUAGGUACCUAGGUAAUUAGAAACGUCAUGGGAUCAUCGAUAUCGGAGGUGCGGUACGGUGUAUGCUGUGUACCUGCGCGUGCUUCGCAGGUACCGAAUCGAUUUCCUGCCUCUACCGCUCUGCCUUGCCUAGUCGAGAACCUGCCGAACUCAACUCGUUCCAUCUCUCGAUCCCCGUGUGCGCUCCAGUCCCCCAAUCUUCUUACCUGCAACUUUUCUCUCGUCGCCGCCAAUCCCGCCCUUCUUUGCUCGCCGACCAUCCUCAACACUGCCGCCGACGCUGACGCCACCAAUACACCACCCUACGCCCCCGCCGCUGCACAAUGCCUGGCCAACUCAACGGCGACGCAGGCCGCGAGUCUCCUUCGCACCACAUAGAAGUCCUCGAGGAGGCUUCAUCCGAGCGGGAAGACCACCAACAUAGUCCCGGUCUGCGGGAUAGCAAGGGAUGGGACGGCAAGCUACGAAUUGACCGCACCGCCCUGAUCCAGAACCCCGAGGCUCUCUCCGACCCCGAGUAUUCGGACGAUGAGAAUGUGCUUGCGGGCCAGGAAAUUGAUGCUGACGAAGACCUCCUCGACGACGAAGACCCCGACAGCGACGACAUCAGUCUCACCCACUCUCGGGUCACCUCCAUCUCCGCCCUUCGAUUAGAUCGGUUCAAGAAGGUCGUGCGGCUAUGUCUGCGCCAAAACCUCGUCCAGCACAUCGAUGGCCUCGCCAGUCUAGGGCCCACCCUAGAAGAGCUCGACCUCUAUGACAACCUUAUUUCACACGUCAGGGGCUUGGAGGACCUGACCAAGCUCACGAUUCUUGACCUGAGCUUCAACAAGAUCAAACACAUUAAACACAUCGACCACCUGACAGAACUGACGGAUCUGUUUUUCGUGUCCAACAAGAUCAGCGUAAUCGAUGGCCUCGCCACUCUGACGAAGCUCCGGCAACUCGAACUAGGGUCCAAUAGAAUACGGGAAAUUAAAAAUCUCGACUCCUUGACGAAUCUGGAAGAGCUCUGGCUGGCCAAGAACAAGAUCACCGAGCUCAAGGGUCUAGCCGGCCUACCGAAAUUACGUCUCCUAAGCAUACAGUCGAAUCGGAUCCGCGACCUUUCUCCUCUCCGCGAGGUCCCGCAACUGGAGGAGCUGUACAUCUCGCACAAUGCCUUGGAAAGCCUGGAGGGCUUGGACGGGAGCCCGAGCCUGAAAAUCAUUGACAUUUCAAACAAUACCAUCCAGUGCCUCAAGGGCUUGGGCAACCUGAAAGAGAUCGAGGAAAUUUGGGCAAGCUACAACCAAAUAUCUGACAUCGCAGACAUCGAGCGGGAGUUAGCGGACAAGAAGAACCUAACGACGGUGUAUUUCGAAGGAAAUCCGGUACAGUUGAAGCAACCCGCCCUAUAUCGGAAUAAGGUGCGGUUGGCUCUGCCGCAAGUGCAGCAGAUCGACGCAACCUUCGUGAAGUCGGUAUGAUCAAUCUCCCCUUCACCCAGUUAGGAUUCGUUCCACGCGGGCCCUAUAUAUUGCAUAGCACGGCGUUUGGGGUUCCUUACUGCGAACGGUAGACCCGAUAUCGGAAGACCGCGAGCUCUCUGAUCGGACCGUCGGGUAUCUGUGGGACAGAGGUAAAGCGUGUCACAUACUACACCAGCUUCGAAUUUGCAAGUAGGUAGCUGAGAGACGUUUCGCCUCAUCAAGGGAGAAGGAAUCAAAU